AGGCUGCUUGUAUCACUAUUUUUAAAAAGCAUGUUGCGAAGUUCUUAUAUUUUACAUUUCUGACACUCGACGAUAGUUCAACGAUGAAGACGUGGCCGUUUACAAGGCAGAACAAACUAUAUCUGAUUUGGGAAUAAAUUACUCUUUUUGAAUCGGCACAACACCGGUCUGAAUAAUCGACGGAAUUGACCGUUAACGUCUGAAUCAGUCGGGCGGUUCCUUCGAACGGCACAGAAGCCUUUUCGCGCGCAUUUAGCCAGUUGUACAUCCUCUUCGCUGCUAUUUCAGGAGUCAGGAGUUGUUUGACAUUAACAGAACUAAGUAAAAGUAUUCAUAAUGUUUACUAGUCUGCAUUCCGAAGAUAAAGCCAAAAAGAUAAAUCCUUACAACGUCGAAGACAUCAAACAUAUUCAGUUGCGGGAAUCUUCUGUAAGCUUCUCAGAUAAAAGCAGUGAACUGAAUAGACGUCUCAUCUCUGACAUUUCUUUUUACGUAGAUGGUGGAAGCACUAUAUGUGCAUUGAGCCAACUCUCACAGGAAAGUCAAGAGAAAUAGGGAGCUGAAGAUCUGGCUGCAUUCAUUAUUGCUUUCCCAUGAGCACAGCUGCGCUUACGUGUCUUGAGUACACAGAUGACCCAUCACCCCACAACAGUUCUACAGGAUUGAACUGGGGGCAGAGAUUAGAAGCUUUGAGGGGAAAGCUAAAAAGGGACAUAUGAGGAAAGUCAAGAGAAACAGGGAGUUGAAGAUCUGGCUGCGUUCAUUAUUGCUUUCCCAUGAGCACAGCUGCGCUUACGUGUCUUGAGUACACAGACGACCCAUCGCCCCACAACAGUUCUACAGGAUUGAACUGGGGGCAGAGAUUAGAAGCUUUGAGGGGAAAGCUAAAAAAAAGUAACAUAUGAGCUGUCGAGUCACUUGUUUCUGUGACAAUGCGGCUAGUCGCUCUCUUGCUAUUGGGACUCCUGAAGUUCACAUUGGCUCAGGACAGAGAUCCCUUCCAGUGGCUUUCUUCUCUGCACAGCCAUGGUUACGCCUCUCUGCAGGCUGACAACACCGGGGGAGAAUGUCCCGAGGAGUGCGACUGUCCUCCAACCUUCCCAGUCGCCAUGUACUGUGACAACCGCAACAUGAAACAAAUGCCCUACAUCCCAUCCCGGAUGAAGUAUCUGUACCUACAACACAAUCAGAUCACCGCUGUCCCAGAUAAUGCUUUUGGAAAUGCCACCAACCUUGUGUGGGUUAUGUUACAUGAGAACCACAUUAACUCAGUGGGCAAGCAAGCGUUUGCUAAACUGGUGAACCUGCAUCGCCUGUACCUGAACAGCAACAACCUAACCGAGGUGCCAUCCAACUUACCUCGCUCGCUACGUGACCUUCGUCUUAAUCACAACAAAAUUGGCAAGAUGCCCCCCAAUGCUUUUGAGGGCAUGGAGAAUUUGACCAUACUUUUGCUCCAUAACAAUGGCCUCGAGAAUAUUGGUGGUGGCCUGAAAGGUCUGAAGUCGUUAACUCUGCUGGAUGCGAGCAGUAACCAGCUCAAGAAGGUUCCAGAUGGUCUUCCUGAGAUGCUCCACCAGCUUUACCUAGAGUCCAACUCCAUUGAACAAGUUCCAGCAAACUUCCUCAGCCAGUUCACCAACCUGCAGUAUUUCCGUAUUUCUCACAAUGAGCUCACCAACAAAGGCAUUCCCCAAAACACCUUUAACAACAGCGGUCUGGUGGAGCUGGAUUUGUCCUUCAACAAGUUGGAGAGGAUUCCGAUUGUUAGUACCAGUCUGCAACAUCUCUAUCUUCAGGCCAAUCAGAUCAAAGAGUUUACAUUGGGCAGUUUCUGCAGUGUGGUGGAUGUUAUGAACUUCUCCAAGCUGAGAGUCUUGAGGCUGGAAGGAAAUGAGAUCAGUGCUGGAGACAUGCCCUCUGAUGCUGCCCUGUGCCUUCGCCUGGCCUCUGAUAUCGCUGUGUAAUGGCACUGACCAAUCAGCAGGGGGCUCUUUUGUUUCCCCUCCAACAUUAUUAUCUCAAAGUGACAUAACAUUGCAUUGAUGUACAUUUUUAUAGUAGGGAAAUUCAUAGUGCCUUGGGAUUUUGUAUGAGAGGAAUCUAAUUUCCUGUGGACUUUAGAGAGUAAUACAAAUACAGAAAUGGGGGGAAAAAAGGAAAUUGAGAGAUUUAGAUAGGAAACGGAGAUCCUCUGUAAAGGUAUGUGAAGCCACUCAAAAGCCACAUAGCCAUUUAUGCUUUUCUGUGCUUUUACUUUAUGAUUGUGUGCUUGUCUGUUGGUUAUGACACUAUUGGCAGCACUAAAAUCAACUUUACAGUUUGAUAUUUUGUUUGAUGCACAUUUGAUUUACUUUAGGUUUGUGCAACCUGGAUUCAUGUCUCUUCAGGAAAGGAGUUUGAACAAUGCUGUGAGUAUUUAUUCUACAUGUGAGACAGAAGAAUAGAACUGAGAACAGAAGAUCUUACUUGACUACAUCCGUCUAACUUGUUCUAUAAUGUGUUAUCUGAUAUGAUAUCAUCACAAGAAAAGGAAAGAAAAACCCUUGAAAUCAGUAAUCUCUAUUCACAUCUGAAAGAGGGGAAGGAAAAAACUUUGAAUUGUUGUUUUAAGAGCAAAUAUAUUGCAUGUGAAUUAAUAAUAAAAAAAUGACUAAGUUUCUAGUGUUUAAACAUGCUUGUAGACCUUUCACGUGGCUCAAUAAAACAUAUUAUGUUGUUUUAAA